UGUCUCUGGUCCUCGUAGUGUCCUCCGGGUCUCUCCUGUCUGUCUCUCCUGUCUGUCUCUGGUCCUCACACUGUCUCACCGGAACAAACAGGAAACGUGUUUCAUUGUACUGAAUCCCACUUUCGCGUCACGUGAUGAUGUCAGCCAAUGAGAAGUCAGAAGAUUGAUCACAUGACUUUGAAUGUGCGUUAGUUUCCGGGUCCGACGUAGACAGACGGCGGGACCGGUAGGACGAGGGGAUCGAACAUGUGAAGGAUUGGAGACGGUGUUCAAUCAGAGAACGAGUCCAGUUGCGUCCUCAUGUCCAGACACAGGAGCUGCAAGAGCCUGAUCAUCACAGACGAUGAGGAGGUUCAGGCUGACGAGCUCAACCCGUUCUCCUUCAAAGAGUUUCUACGAUUGAAGAACCAGGACCAGGAGCAGGAGCAGGACCAGGACCAGGAGCAGGACCAGGACCAGGAUCAGGCACACAGUGAGUCCUGCAGCUCGUCCAGCUUUGACCCUGACGUCCACAAAUGUUUCUUCUCUGAGCCGAAGAUGAUACAACAGGAGGAAGAAGAUGAGGAUAGGGGGUGGGGCUUCCAGUGCAGUGUGGACGGCAGCUCCUCCCCUCUCUCAGAGGAGGAGACCAGAUUUUGCUCUAAACCUGAAGUCAACCCGAAGGGAGGAGGAGACUGUGAAGGAGACGAUGAGACGUCCAUGACUGAACCAAUCAACUCCUUCAGGAGGAGGAGCCACAUACAGUUGGAGGAGAACGUGGUGUUGAGGAGAACCAUCAAAGAGCUGCAGAGGAGAUCAGAUGCUAAAGAACGCAGGGUGCAGGAGCUAUCGGAGGAGCUUCUCCAGAGGAGACGUCAGGAUGAGAAGGAGGCUGAGGAUCUGGAAAGCAUGGUUCACUCUGUGGAGCAGAACCUGCACCUGAUGACGGUAUGUUGAACCACAGGUGUCAGGUGACCAGUGACCUCAUGUCCUUCAAAGUGUUUCUGAUUUCAUCAGGUCUCCAUCUCGCUGGGCUGCUACAGACCUG